AUGAACGCGGUCGUGGUGAGUACGCCGCCACUGGAGAGUGCGGGCUUCCUCGGCCCAACCAGCUAUCGCUCCCUGAUGAGUGAGGGCGUUAGUGAUAGUGACCCUGGCGUGGCAGACACCGACCGUACCACAUAUACUAUCGACCCCCGGCAAUUAGAUCUGGGACUCAAGGUCUUGGAUUUCCUGGUCGAGAAUGCACAGCUCCUGAGAGGUUUAGUCAGGAAGGUGUACGUGCUUGGUCGCUCGCCUAUUAUCCCGGAAGUGCUUAUGUUUCCCGCGCUUGAUAUGCUAUGGGAUCUCUUUGGGGACUAUAUCGCCCAAGAUGAACCAUCAAGACUACGCACAGUUGUUCGCGUUUUCGAAAACUCCUACCAACAAGUCCCGGCCAAAUUAGCCAUGCAUGCCGGUGAGCUGAGCCACUGGAUCAGCGGUAAGAAGGUCAGGUGGGAAACCAUUGGCAGCGUGAUACAAAUUGCCAUCAUGGGCUUGAUCCAUAUGCCCGAGCGUGAUGCUACCCGGAUUGACCCCCAACAGAGAAGCAAGGAUGAGGCUCUCGCCCAGAUGCUGGAGGUCAUUGAUCAGCUAUUACCACUGAGCAAUGCACUGCCGGUUGUCAAUGAGCUCAUGGUCUGCCUGAAGUAUUAUCAGUUGAUGCUUGCCUCCCAGAGAUUUGGUGACUCAAGUCGCUGGCUAUACUCCUCGCUUGGGGUACUCUCUUCAUGUAUUUAUGCUACCGGAAUUCACCAGUACGACAUACCUACAGGACGGCACCCGGGGUUUAUCGACCUGUGGCAGAGGAGAUGCUUCGCCGUAGUGUAUAGCAUGGAUAAAACGAUUGCCACAAUACUUGGUCGGCCACCCUCCAUGACUCGGCAUUAUUGUGUCUUAAAGCCGCCACUGGACAUUGAUGAUGACGUAGAUCCUCCAAACUACGAGCGAAGUCUUCAAAUGCUAGAUAGCAAUGGGUGGAAUACUGACGGAAAGCGACGUCCCUCUACUAUCGUUCGUCUUCGGUUCCUUCUGGCGACAGUCCGAGAGGAGAUUCUUGAGCUACACUUGGGGGUUAAUUAUGUCGACAUCGAGGGAAAAACAAGCAAUAUCUUGCAAAGUCUGCAAUCAAUUUGGGAUACGUGCCCUAGCCAUAUGAAAUAUUCACCCGAGAUGUGGAAUGAACAGAUGCCUUGCCAGGAUAUUGUUGCUCUUCUUUCCGUCUACCUGGAUUACCUCCACUCAAUCUUCCUGUUGCAUCGGUUCGCGACGCAAGAAUGCCAAAAUGAAAUACCCAAGGAGCUUCUUCUUGUGGCAAAGACUAUCCUCUCCACCGUCCUCGUGAUCAAUGAACAUCGGGAAAGAGCAAAAGAGGUCAGAAGCGACUUUUCCAGCAUUUUCCUACCAUACGGACUCCCCAGUGCCGAACUGCUUGCGACAGAGUUACUCCAAUCCUCCAAUCCUCUACUGAGUCGCCCCACCUAUCCUGGGUUGCCACGGGCGGAGAUAAUACGGGAGCUCACCCUCUACAUAUCCUGCCUAAGCUGGGUAGCUCGGCCGGGGAGUGGUAAUUUGGGAUUUUGCAAGAAGGUCAAGGCGAAACUGACCCGCAUCCUGGAUCAAAUCCUGGACCCCUCGUAUGUUGCUCCUGACUCGAGUGGUAACCAUGGUGGAAGUAGCAGCGAUGUUUCGUGGGCUUUCCCAGAGCUCCUCGAUUCUGACUUUACAAUCAACAGUUUACUUCACUCAGAUGAUGGGAGUAACUGGGACCCUGGAUUUGAUCUGUUUUGUGGGCCUGUCUUCUAA